AUGUACGUCGCCCGCGUCCGCGACGACAUGAUCGUGUGGGCAGCAAAGGGCGUGCUCGAGCUGGAGGGGGCGGUGGAGAGCAUGGUCGUCGAGGGCCUCGGCGUCCAGGACGAGCACAUCGAUGCGCACCUGGGACUGGAGGUGCGGGCAGGGGACGGGAGGUGGCUCGCCGUGCUGCCAGAUCCGACGACCUUCACCUUCGUGGGCAGCAAGAUGUUGACGGUACUGGAGCGCGAAGGUCUCUUCCGCCUGAGCCAAUGGCCAUGUUGGUGCCUCCUGGAGAGUGGAAGGAACCGAGCGAUAUCCUUGGUUUGCGCCAAGGUGCCAGUCACCAUCAGGGACCUCGGGUGCACUUGCAAGACCUUCCCCAACUACUUCGACGUGCUAAGCACCUUCGUCAAGAACUACAUCGGAGAAUCUAUGGUGGUGACCAAUGGGAGGGUCACGCCGUGCAUCCACCAUGUCAGGACGCCAAGGAACCGCGAUUGCCUGUCGGUGCUGUUCAGGUGGUGGGGGAAGGACGGUGUCCUGCUGGGCGCCAUGGAAGAGCUGGUGGACGAAGACCACCCUGUGGCCUACCGUGCAUGUACGAGCAACAAAUGCAGAAGAUUCUGGCACUCCGACGGGUGCAGACUCGGUGAUCCACUGAAGGCUUUCUGCGGGCGCGGGGUGGACAAGGAUGAUGCGUUUCCCAUGCUAGAAUGA